AUGGGUUGUUUGGCUGCAGUAAACGAUGAUAUUCUUCAAAACAUACUCUCCAGGUUGCCAGCUUUAUCCUUCGCAUGGGCUGCCUGCGUUAGCAAAUCCUGGAACAAAGUCUGCGAUAGAGUUCUUUCUCGCCCGAAGCUUGUCUCUGCACUCUCUCUCAACCCAUCUCUUCCUGAUGCUGUGAAAGAGGUUCUUGAGAAGGUUCUCUCCUCUCCAAUUCGUCCACAGUUUGCCAUUGCCUCUAUUGGCUUGCAGUUUAGCUUGGAAGAGGCUCAUCAACUUAUCACUGAAAAACUGGGCUCCAGAACACCGGUCAUUACCAAUGCUACAUUUGGAAUUAUUGGCAGAGAUGCUCUUACUAAUACAAUGAAAGAGGUCAGGUGGAACUUCGAUCCUGAGGAGGAUAAUUCAAAUUCUCAAGGAUCCGACGCUGCUAGCAAUUUCAACCGAGGAAUUGUUCUCAUUGUUGGAUUUCUACCUGGACUAAAGGUUGAUACCAUCCCGUUAUUACGACCAAAGAGGGAGCCCCGAUUUACCAUGAUUGACAAAUUUAUGAUGGACAUAAGGGAUUAUACAGCUUCUGUUUCUGGCUGUAUUGCUCCAGCUGGGAUCAUACUGUUUGGAGAUCAACACACUGACAUGACACCUGUUCUCGCAGAGAUUGAUUGUGCUAUGCCUGAGGAAACAGUAAUUGUAGGGGAUGCAAGUAGCCGCUUCUUGUUCAGAAGUGGCGGUAAUUCUCAGAGUUCCAUCACUGAUCUGUACUAUUUUGAUGCCGUUGCUCUUGUAUUUGCAGGGGAUAAAGAUAAGCCUCAUGGUAUAGGAGAGACUCGAUUCCAUGUGACAUUGUCAACAGGUGUAAUGCCCUUUGGUCCUGAGCUCAGGGCAGUUUCUGUAACAAGCAAAGGCUCAGAAUGUUCAUGGCUCACUGCCUGCAUGAAUGGAUACGAUGAGAUAUUAGAUAGCCAGAGGCUUUUGGAUGAUAUUAGUGAUGAGAUGGAUGAUGAGUCUACUGAUUUGUACAUUGGGGUUAUUCAGAAAAGACCAUCCUCCAUUGAGCCGGAGAAAUUGGAACUAAGAACAUACUUGGCCUUUUAUGAAGUUUUAGGGGGAGACGAAGAGUAUUUAGUUGUUGAUGGUGUUGGCAUAAGACCUGGAGAUACAUUCCUGUUCUACCAUUCGGACUCGGACACUGCAUCAUCAUCCUGCCUUAAUGCCUUUGAAAACCUCAAAGUUCUGAAGGCAGCUUCGAGUUCCAAAACCCGCUACUCCAUCAGGGAUGUUGCUGCUGCUGGUGGUGGUGGCGAUGGCAAUGGCGAAGUCUUUGGAUGCUUGAUGUUCUCUUGCCAUUACCGUGGUGAAUCAUAUUUUGACAGCUUCCCAUUCUACAGUAACUUCCCUGGUGCUCCACUUGCAGGAGUGGUCUGUAAUAAGGAAAUCGGCCGUGACUCGACAGGCUCCUCAACUUCAAUGUGGCAGCAAGCAAAAGGAGAAAGCCCAGCUCGUUGCUCCCUGCAUGUUUGCACCACAGUUUAUUUGGUGUUGUCAUUUGUUCCACCAUCUCCAGAUCAUUGAAUAAUUGGACAGCUUCUCCUUGUAAUAAUGCCUGUAUGCAACUCGUCUGGAGUUUUGACUCUUGUUUUCUGUAAUAGUUGCUCGGUUUCCAGGCUGUUGAGCCAAAUUUGGAGUGUUUUAGACUGUCAACAUCUCCGUUUUGUUCUAGUUUCUUUCUUAUCGGAAGAUAAGGCAAAAGGAAAUGUUGCUUGAAAA